CAAGGCUUCUGCAGACUCGGCGAGAGGAAGGGGUGGAGCGGGAUUCCAGGGCGGUACGUGGUCGCUCUGUGUUUGGGGCAACCCUGCGGUUGGCGGUGGAGCACCCUGCACCCUCGCCGGAAAGGAGCUGACUGAGCAGGGACAGCUUUGUGAACACUGGGAGAAUCUUGCAGGCCUGGAAGGACUUCCAGCACUACUUGGUCCACCCCAGACUUACAGGAUUCGAUUGCUGGAACUGUCAACUCCUGCAACCUGUAUUUCUCUUCCACUAUGAGCAGACCGACUCUGUUGCCCAGCUCUGUGCCUUUCUGUAGCGUUCUCUUCCUUACCUUAGCCACACAAUGUCUAGCUUUCCCAAAAGUGGAAAAGAGGGAGAUGGCACAUGCUUAUGCCCAGACAGAGCAGUCCUGGAAGAUGGACACAGGUGAAGAAGAAAACAUCUCCUCUGCUCCAGAGCACAUGUCCCAGCAGACAUCCUUUGAAGCUCCUAUGGUACUGUCUGUGGGACCAUCUGUGAUGCCAUUAAAUAAAGUCUUCUCGGUCAACAAAGAACACCACCGCCCUGGAGCUGGACUUCUGAAUCCUAACAUCCCUGAUCUUCAGUCUUCCACUGAGCCAGCGGUCUCAGCCGCCAGUGAACAAGGGCAUGGUCCCAGUCAGCUUGAAGGAAUGUCUUCUGAACAGAGACUUCCCAAGGCCUUGUCAAUCAUUGCUGUCUCUUCACCUGCUUCUCUUAAUCCUCACCAGGAGGGGCCCCAGAGCAGCUCUAGCACCCAGCCCAUUGUAGAAGGGAUCACAGUUGUAACACGUGACUUCCUGAAAUAUGUGGAUAAUCAGUUGUUUGCAACUGAAAGUCAGGAAGCAGUUAGCUUGGGACAUACACCUUCAUCUUAUAUAAAUACCAAAGAAAUGCUAGCUGCCAGUCCAAGAACAGAGAAAGCUGACGCAGAUGCAGCCAAGAGGACGACUGCCUUUCCUGGGGUCGAUUCCACAGCAGACACAGAGCAUGAUGGGGAGAGGCCCUCGGAGGAAUCAGAUGACAAUGUGCAGACCACUGCCACCACGUACUUGGAGAUAACCCCUGAGGAUGCUCUGAAUAUUGAUCCAUCAGCUGAGAGUCUUCUGGGGGACCUCAAGGUCACAGUGAGUGUCAGCACAGCUGUUCCGGUUUCUUCUGUCCCAAGUGAUGAGUGGGAUGACACCAAAUUUGAGAGUGUAAGUCAGGCAAGGACCACAGAUUCAGGAGACCAUGCAGAGAUUCGGGUGAGAACAGAGCCACCACAUGGAGCACAAGAGAGCUUUGAAGGGACUGAGGGGAGCCCCACUUCCACAGAGGUUAACAGGGUGGCUCCCUUGGGGACAGCUCUGGUAAAUGCACUGGAGAAAGAGAGAUCACCAGUCCUUGCCCAUCAGAUUCCCUUUAGUCCCAUGAGUCUGACAGAAGACCCUGAGGUUUCCACUAUGAAACUGUUACCAAGUGCUGGAGACUUCACAGCCUCCACCCUAGAGCACAGGACCAUGCUUUUCUCAAAGACUGAAGUUUCUACCUCUCAAGAUGAGUCUCAGACACAUCAGGGAGUAAAAGAUAUGUUAAAAGACAUCACACAGGAGAUGACAAUGGCCACACAAGAACCAAACCCCACAUUACCCGUGGUGACACAAGAUUACGUUGAGGUCCCCAGAGGCAGUGGUGAGCCUGAAGAUGGUAUGCCAUCCCCCUCUCCUGUGUCUGCUGAUGUGGGUGCCACCGAGCUCUCCAGGAGAUGGGAGUCUCUGGCCACUCCGGCCUCCACAGCUGUUGUCCCUUUGACUCUCAAAGUUACCUCUUCCAUGGAAGACCUAAUGGACACAAUCACUGGGCCAAACAAGGAAUUCAUACCAGUUUUGGGCUCUCCAGAGGCACCACCCCCUGCAAUGACUGUGGAAACUCCCAUAAUUUCUCCAGCACUCCCAUCUGAGGGAAGAACUAUUUCACCCAUCAACCACCCAAAUACAGCUGCCUCAUAUGGACUGGAACAACUCGAAUCUGAAGAACUAGAAGAUGAGGAGGAUGAAGAGGAUGAAGAAGAUGAAGAUGAAGAAGAGGAGCAUGAGGAAGAAGAUGAGGAAGAUAAAGAAGCAGACUCCUUGUAUAAGGACUUCGACAGUGAUACCGAGCUGCCAGGGUUUACUCUCCCUGGAAUCACAUCCCAGGAACCGGAUGUAGAGGCAGGAAGCAUGGCCCUACUGGAGGUAGCAACCUAUCAGGUGCCAGAAACCAUGGAGUGGGAACAGCAGAAUCAAGGUCUGGUGAGAAGCUGGAUGGAAAAGCUAAAAGACAAGGCUGGCUAUAUGUCUGGAAUGCUGGUGCCUGUUGGGGUAGGGAUAGCUGGAGCCUUGUUCAUCUUGGGAGCACUCUACAGCAUUAAGGUCAUGAAUCGCCGAAGAAGAAAUGGCUUCAAAAGGCAUAAAAGGAAGCAGAAAGAAUUCAACAGCAUGCAAGACAGAGUGAUGCUGCUAGCGGACAGCUCGGAAGAUGAAUUCUGAAUUGGACUUGGGUUUAAUGCAGUGACAUCAUUGUUUCAUUUUUUAUUUGAGGGCAAAAAGAAAAAAGAAAAUAAAUAAAUGGCAACGAUAUCUCACCACCUUGCUGCUACUGGGCCUCUGACCCAGCCUUCGUCUCUGCUGGGGAGUAGAUUUUUCUUGUGCUGAGCAGUAAAGACGCCCUGUACACGAAAUGUAGCAUGCAGUGUUCAGUUAUUCUGCAGUGUCUGCCAUCACCAAGGGCUGCAGUUCAGAAGCACAGAGCACACAUGUUCAGUAGGAGUAGCUGGGUUAGGUAAAGUAAAUACCUUGUAUUUUUUAAACCUUUCAGUCUCAGUUUUUAUCUUUUCGUCUCUUAGUCUCACUGUUAGUAAGAAAAAAUGCAGUAAAAAUUGUACACUAAAGAGCCCUUAGCCUUAAUUUACGCUUGCUUUCUUAACUACUGUUAGUCCAAUGGGUGUGAUGGAAGAUUCUUGUUUGCUAAUCAUAAAAAAAUAUCCCAUUGGUAUAUUACUGAAAUUAACUGAGAAGGAAAAAAAAGGAUGACAUGAAGAUAAGGAUGUGUGGCCUUCCAGAGUGUUUGUUCCUGCUCCUUGGUUCUGUAUUCAUGUGGCAUUACUGUGUAAGUCAGAGGAUCACUUUUCACGUCUACGACCUCGCUAAGGAAGGAGUGGGCCACCAGUGGUCUUCUUUGGCUUUACUAGAAAAGGCAGGCAUUCUUUGGUAGAAGGUGACCCAGAGUCCUCAUAUGUAAAUAAACUCUCUCUGUCACGCAUGUGGGAUGAUGAGCUAUUAGAUCCUUUCUCGUUUUCCUUGGAAUGCAAUUCCCUCUUCUACACCAAAUAACGCAUUCAAACACAAUGUUUGAAUCUGGGUAUUUGGGGAUUUUAGUGCAUUGCAUUGAGCAGUAUGGCUUGGGUCAGUUCCAAGGAUAGAUAAAGGUUACCAGUAGUGCUGUUACCAUGGAGAAUUUGUUCAUAGACAUUAAAGCCUAUUCUACUCAAACAGGGUCUAUUUGAUUACUCCUUGUAGCUUCUGGGUGGGAAAGAGCAUAUAUUUUUUCCAUUCUACUGAAGAUGGAACGUAAGCAGAGGAGAGAAAGAAUUAAUCAUCAGUUACAUCUGCGGACUCAGCAUGAGGACCACCUUAAGCCCAAACUAUGUGCUGUAUUUUCAUUUCUUUGCCCUUUCCCUCAUGCUUUGAAAGAUACGAAUGAAUUUUUCCCACAGGUUCUUCCAUCCCACAUGGAUUUAUGUAUCAUUUCUAGAGAACGAAAAGGGAAAUGGAACCCAUUUUUGAAUGAUGGUUAGCGCUCUCUCUCUCUCUCUCUCUCUCUCUCUCUCACACACACACACACACACACACACACACUAAGUUUAACUCUUUUGAUCAAGAAAGCAACUGUGUAAAACUGAUAAGGGAAAUGAAAAGCUCGAUGGAGACAAACAAAAACUAGAGUUCCUAAAUGGGGUUGAAGUCAGAGUUUUUUAAAGUAGACCAAGAACAUAAGUGAUGACUUUCACGGUGAGUCAGUCUCCCUGGGAGAGCUGUCCUGCUUCCGAAUAAGUGGUGCUUUCUAAGAGCAGACUCUUGCUGUGCUCCUCAGGCUUCAAGCCGGCGAGCGCGAGGGGACAUUGUACCUGCAUUCUUGACAAGAUGUAUAUGGCAAACUAACAAUCGGUUCUUCUAAUUCAAGGACACAUGGGCGAUAUGGAUGGUCAGUCAUGCCUAGAGCUGCUCAACCUGUAGCUUUAGAUUAGCUCAGGGCUGCCUCUUCAAACUGCUGUAUAUAAAGGCCAUGAGUAACAGUCACACGUUCACAGUGAGGAUGACAUGUGCGUGACUGUGUCCUCUAGCAGCGAUGUCUACAUCCCGUCAGCACACGUGAACACGCAUAGAAAAGGGGUUUCUAUAGACCACAGCAUAUUUCUGUACAAACCUACUUCACUCUCUGUAUAAAGAAAUGUGCUACACAUUAGUCUAUUCCUCAGUGCUAAAAACAAGAGAAAAAGUCCUGGUCCUCUGACACAGAUGUGGGAGGACUGUCUGCUGAGUGAAAUAAACCAGACCCAUAAGAAGUGCUGCAUGACUCUAAAGGCCAUGAACCAUCUAAGUGGUCAUGUUCAGAAACCCGUGUGAAUGAUGGUUGCCAAGGAUCAGGAAAGGGAGCAGAGGGAGGUAUGAGGAGGUGUUGGUUAGUGGUAUUAAGUUUUGAUUAUGAAGCUGAAUAGGUUCUAGACAUCAGUUGUGCAGUGUAGCACCUACAGGUAAUAAUGCAAUAUUGUACAACAAAUCUCUUAUAGGCAAUAAUGCGAUAUUGUACAGCAUAGCACCUAUAGGCAAUAAUGCAAUAGUGUACACUGUAGCACCUAUGGACAAUGAUGCAAUAUUGUACAGCAUAGCACCUAUAGGCCAUAAUGCAAUACUGUAUACUAUAGCACUUAUAGGAAAUAAUGCAAUAUUUACACUAUAGCACCUACAUGCAAUAAUGCAAUAUCGUACACUAUAGCACCUAUAGGCAAUAAUGCAAUAUUGUACAACAUAGCACCUAUAGGCAAUAAUGUAAUAUUGUACAACAUAGCACCUAUAGGCAAUAAUGUAAUAUUGUACAACAUAGCACCUAUAGGCAAUAAUGUAAUAUUGUACAACAUAGCACCU